AUGGGGUGGAUGAAACGGGACAGAGCGAGUACGGAGAACGUGGCGUCUGCGAAGGGAGCUCGCUUUUGUGGAGCGCCUUGCGUUUGGUGCCCUUGGUUCCUCCUGGCUGGCAAAGCCGAGCGGCCCUGGGGGAGGCAGCGCGGUGUGCCGGCAGGUGUGGGUGCCCAGACGGGUCAGAGCUUCAAGCUGCACCAGCCCCAGGACGAGGUGUUGGUGACAGCAGGGGACACGCUCACCCUGACCUGCACCGUGUCUGUGGACAGUCUCCUCGGCCCCGUGAAGUGGCUGAAGGGCUGGGGCAGCAGCAACGAGACUGUUUAUGAGCAGACGGGCACCUUCCCCCGCGUGACAAGGGUCGUGAGUGCGUCUGACGCAGAUUUCAGCAUCCGCAUCAGCGAUGUUCGCCCCGAGGAUGCCGGCACCUAUUACUGUGUCAAGUUCAGCAAGUCGCUGGGUGGUGAGGAGGUGUUUCGGCAUGGAAAGGGCACGGAGGUGUCCGUGCACGCCUUACCCACCCCCCCAGUCGUGUCCGGGCCCAACCACAGAGCGGGGCCGGGGCAAUCGGUGUCUUUUACCUGCACGGCCGGAGGGUUCUUCCCCAGAGACAUCAGUGUGAAAUGGUUCAAGGACAACACCACGAUCUCAGCUCAGCAGCCCCAGAUCACCCCUGGGCGGACGAGAUCCUCCUACAACGUGUCCAGCAACGUGACGAUGACGCUGCAGGAGGACGACGUCCGCGCGCGGCUCGUUUGCGAGGUGCAGCACUCCACGCUGCCGGCCCCGCUGAGGGGGCACUACCAGCUCAGCAGGGCCCUGCGAGUUUCCCCCCAUGUCCGCGUGGUCCCUGACCUGCUGAGCCCCGUUGGGGUGAACAAGACCUUGAACUUCACCUGCCACGUGGAGGGGUUUUACCCGGGAGAGGUGGCUGUCACCUGGCUGGAGAACGGGACGGAGAUAAAGGUGGAGAACGUCUCCCAGCUGAGGAAGAACCCCCGGGGCUUGUUUGGGCUGAGGAGCCUGGUGGAGGUCCAAGCGACGGAGGAGAGGAACGGCUCCGUGUUCACCUGCCGCGUGGUGCACGACGCCCAGCCGCCCCUCGACAGGACGGUCACCCUGUGGAUCGCUGCCCUGGCCAGGGACGGGCUGAGAGACUGGGCCCAGAUGGAGAACGGCAAUUUGCUGGUCAUCUACAUCGUGGUGGGGGUGGUCUGCACGGUGCUGGCGCUGCUGGUGGCUGCGAUUCUUUACCUCAUCCGGACAAAGCAGAGCAAGGGUAAAAGCUCACCAUCUGCUAGGUUACACGAGCCCGAGAAGAGCAGCGAGGCCACUACCCAGGAAUCCGACCCCAACAACCUGACCUACGCCGACCUGAACUUCGACAGAGAGAGGAAGACCAUCCGCCGGAUGGCGGAGAUGAGCCAGCAGUCGGAGUAUGCCUGUAUCCAGAGCAACCGGAUGCCCACCAGCGACGACAACCUCACCUACGCCGACCUGGACAUGGUUCACCUCAGCAAAGCGCCCAGGCGACCGGCCCCGCACCCCGAGGAGGCCGGCUCCGAGUACGCCAGCGUCCAGAUCCCGAGGAAGUGAGCAGGGCUGGAGCGGCUGCCGGGACACCCCCGCCACCCCGCGUCACGGGGAACCACCCUGCUCCUCCCCAGGAGGAUUUUCUCGGAAGCACAGAGCGGUGUGACGAUGCGCCGCGGUGCCCGCGUUUGGGGCUGGAACAGAGCCUGCAGUACUGUGGGGGUCAGCUCCCAUCUGCAGAGGCCUGUUUUGGUUUUGUUUUGUUUUUUUUGAGGGGGGGUGGCUUGGUCUCGGGGCUGCCAGCUCCAUCUUUUUUGGGAUUCCCCCCCCCUGCAGCCACGGGGGCCACAAGCGGGUGACGCCAGCGGA